AUGAAGACAGUGUUCAUCAUACCUAUCGUUGUGGGAUCGGUGCUGAUAGUAAUAGUAUUACUAUGGUUGAUAUAUAGACGAUGUGUAGGAGUGGAGGUUUCCGUAGAGAUUGAAAUUGGCGGAGUCGGAGACAACAAUAAUAAUUCCGAUUUGGAAGCUGGAGAUGGCAAAACAGAAAUAUUGCAUAAUGAUCAGGCUAGUGAUGGAAAUAUGUACCAUUGGAUUAGCACUAAUACCUUAGAACAAGGAGGAGGAAAAGGAGAAGAAGGAGAGACUGGCGAGGGGAGAGGAGGAGGAGGAGGAGAGGAUUGUGGUGGCGGAGGAGUCGACUCCGGUCAUCAUGGCGGUGCCGCCGGAGGCCAUGGACAUGGAGGUGGAGGAAGAGGAGGAAGUGGUGCAGUUGAAAGUGGAGGUGAAGGUGGAGGAAGUAGUAAUGUUGAAAGUGGAAGUGGAGGAGGGGGUAGUACUUUUGACCAUGGAGGAGGACAUUCCGGUGGUGGAGGAGGAUAUUCCGGCGGAGGAGAUCAUUUUAGUGGCGGUGGAGGAGGAUAUUCCAGUGGAUAUUCCGACGGAGGAGGAUAUUCAGGUGGAGGUUACAGUGACAGUGGAGGCUUCAGCGGUGGCGGCGGGGGAGAUUAUUUUAGUGGCGGUGGAGGAGGGAGCAUGUGGUGA